AUGGACUUGUCGUCGCCGGCAGCCGUCAACACAUCCUCCUCGCCCUCGGCUUCUCCGAAGGCGCACGGUUUGGAUGCACUGGCGAAGUUUGCACCGACUCUCAAGGCGGAGCUGAAGGAGUGGCUGCCCAAGGUGUAUGAGGUGAAGGAACCCAACUGCAUCUUCGUGUUCAAGUUCCGCACCCACUUCAGAGGCGGCAGGUCCUCCAGAUUCGGUCUCAUCUACGACAACCUCAAGUCCGCCAGGAAGUUCGAGCCCAAGUACCGCUUCAUCAGGGCAAAGAUGGACGCACACUGGAACAUGUAUGAAUGGAUUUUGUUUCUGUUCAUUUUCAUUUUCAUACUUGAUUAUUGUUUGUCCAUCCCAAUCUAG